ACCACGUGUCUGCUGCACUACUCUCGUUCACCCGGCAAGCCCACUAUUCGUCUUGUUGCUAGAUAAUGAUAAUGAUGGAGAUAAACAGGGGAACACCCUCGAUCAAUCUGGAAAAAAGAAAGAAACGGUGGCCUUACCAAAAUUGAAGAAGAAAGAAAGACAAUGAGCAGCAACCCAGGAAACGGAAAACUGGUGUGCGUCACUGGGGCUUCUGGCUAUAUUGCUUCAUGGAUCGUUAAGCUCCUUCUUCUUCGUGGCUACACCGUCAAUGGCACUGUUCGCGACCUAGAUGAUUCAAGAAAAGUGGACCACUUGCUUAAACUUGAUGGGGCAAAGGAGAGAUUGCAUCUGUUUAAAGCAAAUCUCCUGGAAGAAGGUUCCUUUGACACAGCUGUUGAGGGGUGUGAGGGAGUCUUUCAUACUGCGUCUCCCGUUGUUUCUAAUGUCAAAGACCCACAGAUUGAACUUAUUGAUCCAGCAGUCAAGGGAACUCUUAACAUUCUCAAAUCAUGUGCAAAAUCACCAUCUGUGAAACGAGUUGUUUUAACAUCAUCCAUGGCUGCGGUUGUAUGUAAUGGAAAGCCUAGAGAUCCUGAAGUUGUAGUUGAUGAGGCAUGGUUUUCAAACCCAAGUUUCUGUAGGGAAUCUGAGCAAUGGUAUGCACUUUCCAAGACAUUGGCUGAAGAUGCUGCCUGGAAAUUUGUAAAAGAAAACAACAUUGACAUGGUUGCUAUCAACCCAUCAUUUGUAAUAGGGCCACUCCUCCGGCCAUCGCUUAACGAAUCUUCUGCUGCAAUUUUAAAGCUGAUAAAUGGUGCACAAACACUACCAAAGAUCACUGGUGGAUGGAUCAAUGUGAAAGAUGUUGCAAAUGCCCAUAUCCAAGCACUUGAGAUUCCCACAGCCAAUGGAAGAUAUUGUUUGGUUGAAUCAGUGGCAGACUACUCAGAGGUUUCAAAGAUCUUGCAAGAAUUGUAUCCAAGAUUACAACUUCAAGAAGAUAUGCCCUCAGUGCCAAAGUAUCAGGUUUCCAAGGAAAAGACAAGGACGUUGGGAAUUGAGUUUAUUCCGCUGCAUGUAGGCCUCAGAGAGAUUGCAGAAAGCUUGAAAGAGAGAAACUUUUUUAACGUUGAGCUCUGACAUGUAAAGUCUCUUUGACUAUUAAAUGUCUGUAACCAUAUCUCUGUUGUAAUAUGCUAAAA